UAUUGGAGCCCUGGGGAUUAUUAUAAAAGUAACACGACAAGUUAUUGUAAUACGUUGUUGUCAAUAGAUAUUAACUUCACUCUUUAGCAGUUGAGCAUCAGCUAUGAUAUCUGACGUAAAGCAAUAAAAAAUGCAAAUGAAGAAAAUAAGUGAUUAGAAGUCUGAUAGAAACCAGUUCCUAUCAUCAAAGAAAUAAUAUCAUGAAGCAGUUCAGAAUAUAUUGCUCCAGAUUGAAUUGUAUGCUGAUGUGCUUUUUCACGAUCUCGUCAGUUCUCUUGUUUUAUAAAGAAUAUAAAUUACGAAGAACUUACUCGCUAACUCACACUGCAAGGGAAAGUCCAGCUUGGAUUAAAGAAGCCAAAAUUAUGGCAAAGAUGGACGAAGGUAUACUUAGAUGUGCAGCUGAGGAUAUUGGAUGUUUUGCAAUGGUACCAUCUCCAACUGUUGUUGAUAAAAACUUUGGGAGAGAACACUGCUUGAAUUUUUGUUUUAAAAGAUCAAAUCAAUACGCUGGACUGGGGGCUGAAGGUAAAUGUUAUUGCACAAAUUCAAUGAAAAGUUUUACAAACGUUGCUCGCCGUUGUGACAUCGCGUGUUCGAUGGAGCGUUCCAGCUACUGCAAGAGUUCAUUAAGCGUAAGGAUGUACCGAAAAACACAAGGCUGCUACGAGGGUGAGAUAUUUUAUUGCGUCUCUCACCGUACUACUGCACAGUACUAUAAUUUUUGUAUCCAAAUUAAAUAUUGUUCAGGGCCUGGUAACUCGUCAAUCAGCAAUCAUGUGGUUGGAUGCGUAAAACUCUCUGAGAUACCAACUAAGGAGUUGACUGUUUGGAGAAUGAAAUUUGGAAUGACAGUGGAACAAUGUAUUUUGAAAUGCGAAGAGGCUGGUUUUAUUUUGGCCAUACCCGCGAUCAAGUACCAAACCUGUAUUUGCUCACACAUGUUGAAUACGUUCAAAACAGCAGAAAAUGUACGAAAAAUGACUCUUGCCUGCGACGAAGAAAAAAAGCCAGAGGAAACAGAAGAAAGUUUUUUGAUUUAUAGUACGCAUGUUGAAGAAUGCCCGCCAAAAAGAUUUUUGUUUAAUCGCCAGGGACCGUUUACAAUUUUGACAAGUUUUUGGGGAUCUGGAAAUACUUGGUUACGUCAUUUGAUUGAAGUUGCUACGGGAAUUUACACCGGAAGUGUAUACCGAGAUAACUUCCUCUAUGACGGAGGCAUGCUUGGAGAAAUGCUGCAUCACCUAUCCGCUCGUACGGUUAUUAUAAAGGACCAUUUACUAAUAGACCCAAAAAAAGUUUCGAAAAGGUAUACCUCAGCUGUGUUGUUACUUCGAAAUCCUUACGAUGCAACUUUAGCAGAAUAUGCACGUUCUCACAGUCAUAAUAAUCACAUUGCAAUUAUUGAUCCAAAAAUCUACAUGUCUGAAGCUUUCAAAAAUUCUGCAGGAAUUAUGGCGCAAAAGUGGCUUUAUCAUGUCAAAACGGUGUUUCAAACAAUACCAUCUGUGAUGAUUGUAUACUAUGAAGAUCUUGUGAAGAAUCCGAUUGUGGAACUGAGGCGCAUAAUCAAUUAUUUACCUUCAAAAAUUGUUCCCCGUGAUGAAAAAUUAGAGCAAAGACUGAUGUGUAUGAUUUUAGACUUGAAGGGAAAUUUCAAGAGAGGUUCAAAAGGAAUAACAUCAAAUCCAUAUACCGAUGAACUGAAAACGAUAUAUGAUCAAACUAUAAAUACUUUAGACAAGUUUUUGAAGGAAAGAAACAUGACAGGUCUUCCAUUUUCAUAUUUCCAACCUUGGCAAUUAUAACCUAUAUUCAGCUAUAUCCACCAAUAGUCUUCUAACAAGAUUAACUCUGCAAUAUGAUUCACUGUUUCAUUUUACAUUUCGAUUAUUCUCGUAUUAUUAAAACGAUGGCAAUUACUAUAGUACUGAUAUUAAUUUUGGACCGUAGCAUAAGCAGAACCAAUUAGCAAUAAAGUUUUAUACCGCAUGGAAGCCCACUAUUUAGUAAUUUUAGGUAUAUUCGUCUUUCACAUUUCACUAUUUCACAUUAAAGUCAUGUUAGCAUUUAAAAAGAUCUAACACACUUAUCACAAUUAUACUUACAGAUUCAAAAGUAAACAAAAUAUACUGACGCUAUUUCCCGAUGUCACAUAACUAUUUCACAUCAAAGUCAUGUUAGCAUUCAAAAAGAUCUAACACACUUAUCACAAUUAUAAUUACAGAUUAUAAGUAAACAAAAUAUACUGUAUUUAUCAGUAAAAUUUAUGCUGCAAUUAAAUAUUUAAUAUCGCAA